GCUUGUGUUGCUCUCAUAACAAAGUGCGAAGAAAAUGGCAUUCUCACUCUCCCAUUGCCUUACAUUUCUGAUCUCCUUCACCUUCUUCUUCAGCUCCAGUAUUUUCCUCUCCUUCACGCCACAGGGCACCCAAGCUCGGGGGCUCCCCAUCUCUUCUCUAAUUACCAAACAGCUUUUUGAUACAAUAUUUCUACACAAGGACGAUUCUGCUUGCCCUGCCAAGAAUUUUUACCCCUACGAUUCUUUCAUCCAAGCAUCCAGAUGCUUUCCCAAGUUCGGUACCGCCGGAAAUUUAACCACGCGCAGGCGUGAAAUCGCUGCUUUUCUUGCUCAGAUAUCUCACGAGACCACCGGUGGGUGGCCUACCGCACCUGACGGACCUUUCGCGUGGGGUUUGUGUUUUAAAGAGGAAGUCAGUCCGCAGAGUGAUUACUGUGACUCCAGCAACACAGAAUGGCCAUGCUACCCGGGCAAAUCUUACAAAGGAAGAGGUCCCAUUCAGCUCUCCUGGAAUUUCAAUUACGGUCCAGCUGGGAAGGCUUUGGGAUUUGAUGGACUCAGGAACCCGGAAAUGGUGUCAAACAGCUCCGUAAUUGCAUUCAAGACAGCUCUGUGGUUCUGGAUGACAGAGCAGAAGCCCAAGCCCUCAUGUCACAAUGUCAUGGUCGGAAGAUAUGUCCCCACAAAAGCUGACAUAGCAGCCAAUCGGACUGCCGGAUUUGGGUUGGUAACCAACAUAAUCAACGGUGGGCUUGAGUGCGGAAUACCCAGUGAUGGACGGGUGAAUGAUCGGGUUGGUUAUUUCCAGAGAUAUGCCAAGCUCUUUAAUGUUGAUACUGGACCUAACUUGGAUUGUGAUUAUCAGAAAUCCUAUUAACAAAAUUAAUUCCCACUUCACUGUUGCUGUUUCUUUAUGUUUUGGAGGAUUAAUUAUGCUUCUAGCUAUAGCUUAACUAACUAAUGAUUUUUUUUUAUUUUUUUUUUUCUCCUGUAUUUUAUUGUAUCUGAUUCUCCGUGAGAUUUGAAGAAUAAAGUAAUACUGCAUGCAUGAUGCUCCAAACACGCAUAAUGGAAUGGUUACACCUCAAUUACUAACUUACAAGAAGAAAGGAUCAAAUGAGAACCUGACAAUGUGGUCUCGAUCAUUACCCAUUUAUAUAUAUAUACUCCAUAUGUUUACCAUUC